GUCCCACAGAACAGCGCCCGGAAUGCCCGUCGACAUCCCAGUCCUCCUAAACGACAUCCCAGUCCUCCUAAACGACAUCCCAGUCCUCCUAUACGACAUCCCAGUCCUCCUAUACGACAUCCCAGUCCUCCUAUACGACAUCCCAGUCCUCCUAAACGACAUCCCAGUCCUCCUAAACGACAUCCCAGUCCUCCUAAACGACAUCCCAGUCCUCCUAUACGACAUCCCAGUCCUCCUAAACGACAUCCCAGUCCUCCUAAACGACAUCCCAGUCCUCCUAUACGACAUCCCAGUCCUCCUAUACGACAUCCCAGUCCUCCUAAACGACAUCCCAGUCCUCCUAAACGACAUCCCAGUCCUCCUAAACGACAUCCCAGUCCUCCUAUACGACAUCCCAGUCCUCCUAAACGACAUCCCAGUCCUCCUAAACGACAUCCCAGUCCUCCUAAACGACAUCCCAGUCCUCCUAAACGACAUCCCAGUCCUCCUAAACGACAUCCCAGUCCUCCUAAACGACAUCCCAGUCCUCCUAAACGACAUCCCAGUCCUCCUAAACGACAUCCCAGUCCUCCUAAACGACAUCCCAGUCCUCCUAAACGACAUCCCAGUCCUCCUAAACGACAUCCCAGUCCUCCUAAACGACAUCCCAGUCCUCCUAAACGACAUCCCAGUCCUCCUAAACGACAUCCCAGUCCUCCUAUACGACAUCCCAGUCCUCCUAUACGACAUCCCAGUCCUCCUAUACGACAUCCCAGUCCUCCUAUACGACAUCCCAGUCCUCCUAUACGACAUCCCAGUCCUCCUAUACGACAUCCCAGUCCUCCUAUACGACAUCCCAGUCGUAGAAAUACCACAAGUAUCAGACUUGACGGAGCUGCAGUAGCGUCUCCUCUCACCGCCCUCUCCUCUGCCUCGCUGUCACUCCCUCUAAUUAGGCUAUUGGAGCGGUCUCAUUUCUCUCCCCCACACUUACACAAUUACUCUCUGUCUGCCUGAGUGUGCGUGUGCGCGCUCACGCCUGGUCUUGGAGGUGUCUUAUGACCCAUUUCGGCUGUAAUUGGGUUAUGUGGGAGAGGUGACUAGUUCCUCCGCGUGGUCCUAGCCUGGAAGAGUGAUCUAGUUGUCGUCUAACCUUUGUCUGAAAGCGUGUGUG